CCGGAUAUGAGUAGAGGAUUGUUUAGAGCAUCCAAGUGUAUUGUGAUCAUUUUCACACAGAUCAAAGAGAGCACCCUUCUGUCAACAGGUAUCUGCACUUUUCAGGACCUGGCAGAAAUUCUUCUAUGUUCUGCCUUUAAUGUCAGGUUCAAAAGUACAGGCAGCUGCCAGGCCCCUCUGCCCAGCGCUAAGUGCCUGGGACCAUCAGUGGGAAGGACCGAGGCUUGAGCUGUCUUAGUCCUCCAGAAGGCAUGGGGCGCCACCCACCCCCACUGUAUCUACACCCCAUGAGGCUCUGGUGUGGGCGUGGCCUCUGCCCCGUGCGACACCUCGUGGCCAGACCUACCCUGCACACGGCGCCUCGUGAGCUUUCAGACAUUCUGCGCGAACGGUCACUGGUCACUGAGCCCUGACCACAGAUUUCUGAAACUUCUGGCAGCCCAGUGUCUACUGGAAGGCCCGUCCCACUGCCCCGCUCUCAUGGGCAACUACCUGAGCCGCUUCCUGGGCUGGUCCUGGGCCCAGAAGCCGCGCCCGACCCGGAAGCACUGUUCCCCGCGGUCCAGACCCUUGAUCUGGUCCCAGGCCCAGGAGCAGUGCAAGGUCAUCUACUUCCAUGGGAACCGCUGGGUCAGCACCCGGCCCCUCCGCACCGCUCCUCCAGGCUGGGACUACACCCGCAUCCGGAGACAGAUGGUCCCCGAGGCCUGGAGGUGCUUUCCCAACAGGCCGCAGCUGCUGAGCAACGUCUGGCCAGAUUUCUCCCAGGCUCACCCGGCCUAUGUGAAGGGGUGGCUUUGGAAUGCCCGCCACCCCCAGCCUGUCCGCAGCCUGGUGACCAUGAAAAUCGCCCCGCAGGAGCACAGAGGUAACCCGGCACCCAGGCCAUCUUUCUUCAAGGCUGUGAUAAGAAACGGAGUGGCCUGUGCCUUUGUGCCCAGAUCUGGGCUGGUGAGAAGAUGCCCCACUUGGAGCCAGCAGUCUCCGAAGACAUGCAGCAUCGUCUCACUUCUCCCUGGCGGGCGCCUGCCCCACUGCAGUAAGUGUGGCCGCCAGAGGCCCAGUCGCAGAGCCACCACAGGAGCGCUGGGCCUGUGGCCAGCACUGCACCGACACCUCAGGCUUGCCUGCACCCGGAAGGAGUGUCACCUGGGGGCCAUGCGCCUCUGAGCACACCCAGCUUGCUGCCCUGCUCCGAGAGCCAGGCCCCUGCCACCACCUCCUGAGCCUCCAGCCCUCAGCACCUUCAGCCUGCUGACUCCAGUUCCACACCCACACCAGCCACCGGCCCCACCAGGGCACUUCCCACUGCUCCAGCCGACCACUCUGUGAGCCCCAGGCCCACCUCUCCUCUCCCCCAAAACCCUUCCCUUUCCCCUGCCAAUUCACUCCUGACUUCUCCCUGGGGACAGAAGGCAUGCUUCUCCCCAGUUUCUGCAAUAAAAUAUGUCAUUGUUAAUA